CAGCGGAUCACCGAUCAGCGGAAAGAGCUGAUGACUUUGGCUCUAUCAUGUCAUCCUAUUAUCUUUGUCCAAUCACAGCUGAUUACUGAUCAUCAGGGCACUGGUGAUCAGUGUAGCCCCAUCAGUGCCACCUGUCAGUGUCCAUCAGUGCACAUCAAUGCCACAUAUCAGUGCCUACCAGUUGACAUCAAUGCCACAUAUCAGUGCCCAUCUGAGCUGCCUUUCAAUGCCACCAAUUAGUGCCAGUCAUUGCCGCCUACGAGUACUGCCAAUCAGUGCCACCUAUCAGUGCCAGUCACUGCCGCCUAUCAGUGCUUGUCAGUGCCGCCUAACAGUUCCAGUCCGUGAUACCUAUCAGUGC